UUUAUUAGUUUACUUUUAAUAUUUUAAUUCCAUGAAAAACGGGAAUUUAUAUUUUACUCGAUCUGCCUUGUUUCAAUUAAAUAAAAUUAAGUUAGAAUAUGUCUUUUGAAAAUGUGAAUUCCCUUUGCAUUUAUUGUCCAAAUAAAAACAAUAACUUAGCAUUACUACUUGAGAAUGCUAUUUUUUGGGCUGAACAAGGAUUAGGAGUUUGGAUAAUCACAACAGAAUAUGUUGAAUCAUUGCCAGUAGGAUGGACACAAAUACCUGACAGGAGUGUAUUAAAAUUUAUGACAUUUUUGUUUUUACCAACUAUAAAUGAUUUGUUCGAGAAAAUAAUAAAUGUUCAGUAUUUGUCUAUUACUCCAAAAAUUAUUUUAGUUUCUCAUUUAGAUAAAUAUUUUGAAAAUGGUGAUAUAUCAACAGCAGCUCAUUGUUGUGCAAUUUUAAUGGACGCAAUAAAUAUUUGUGCUAGAAAAUUAAAUGAAAUUAGCGAAGAUAAUUUUAGUACUAUUUUAAAUGAUAUUAAAAAUGUUUAUUCAAGUUAA